UUUCACACUUGACUUGCCUUUCGGAGAAAAUAUAAAUCUGUGCUAGAGAAAAAAAGAAGUUUGUGUUUGACAGUGAUUAAAAACCCUAAUAAUUCGGAGACUCGAAAAACAUUGGAUUGUACAUUUUUACAAUCAUCAUCCUCAAUACAAUCAUCAUCCUCAAUUCAAUUAAAAAUUUUAUAAAAGAAAAAGAAAAAAGAAAGAAUAAUUCCUCUCUUCAAUAAUUUAAUCAUCAAGUAAUUAUCUCUGGAUCCGAGAGAUUUACCUAUUUAUCAGUGAUUGGAGACGAAGAACUUGAGAUUUCAGAUUCCAAGUGGUUUCCUUUUUCAGACAUUGAAGUUUGAUGCGAAAUUUGAAGGCAAUUUGAUGCUUAUUGAGCUUGGUUUCUUUGUAGAAGGAGAUUCAGAGGAUUUAUACGAUUUUUUUUGAUGAUAUAUGGUGAAUUAAUCACUGAAAUUCAAUAAUGGGUUCUUGUUAGAAGCGAUUAUGGAAAAUAUUGUUUCUUGAAGGUCUCCUUAGCUGUUUUGGGAAAGGAAUACAAACUAGUUCAUGGAAGGAACUUGAAGAUCAAACUUGGGCCAAUUAAGCUUUUGAGUUAUUUGUGGAAGCAUGAACCAAGAAUUUAAUAAAUCAUAUAUUUGAGCGACUUGUGAUUUGGAAAAAGAUAUUUGGAAGUUAAGGUAGUUAAUCAUUUGGAGGGUUUGUGCUUUAUGGCUUGGACAACCCUGACUUCAGGUUCAGCUAAAGGAGCUUCAACAAUGGUUGCCUAUCCAAGGGCUCUUUUAUCGAUUGCAGUUUCAGUGUGUGGACUAGCUUUCUUUUUAAUCCUUGCUUCAUUGCUUCUGGUGACACAACCAAUUGGGUCUACUGUUCGUGGUUACUUCUAUGGUGUUGAUAAUUUGCGGCAAUUUGAUUCAAUGUCUUGGAGCAAUAAAACAAUUCAUGAUUCUUUCAACGAUGGCACCCAAGAUUUGAGAAAAUGGGUGUCGGGGUUAAAUGAAACUGCAAGUAAUUCCCGACACAAUGAUGACAGAAUUGAUGAUUCUUCUACAAAGUCAGACUCAUCAAUGUCAGGGAACGGUCAAUCUCCAACUGUUGUUGGCAGCGGAAGUGCGAUGGAUAAGAAUCGGACUUCGAAGUCUGAUGGUACAAAUGACGUGUCUAAUUUACAACAAGGGUCUUCUGGUCCUUCAAUUGUAUCAGAAACAGAGAAGUCAGUGGAUCAACAAGGGCAAGAGGCCACUGAAAAUCCUACCUCUUCCAAUGUUGCAAAGGGUGUUGAAAAUGCUAAACCUGCUUCCCUGGGUUUAGUAAAUAGUUCCAAUAUUAUACAGCCAGGAUUGGCUUUGCCAUCUUCAUCUCCUGCAUCUGAUGACAUAAGUAAGAGUGGUUUGGUUGAUUCAGGCUGUAAUCUGUACCAUGGAAAAUGGGUACAUGAUUCAAUUGGACCAUUAUACAGAAAUGAUUCAUGCCCAGUGCUGAGCCAGAUGCAGAACUGCCAGGGAAAUGGGAGGCCUGACAAAGACUAUGAAAAUUGGCGAUGGCAACCUAACAAGUGUGACCUCCCAAGAUUUGAUGCUAAAAAAUUUCUAGAGUUGAUGAGAGGGAAGACAUUAGCUUUCAUCGGUGACUCAGUUGCUCGGAACCAGAUGGAAUCACUAUUGUGCAUCCUUUGGCAGGCUGAAGUUCCAAAAAACCGUGGGAACAAAAGAAUGCAACGUUACUAUUUCAGGUCAACGUCUACAAUGAUUGUCCGAAUAUGGUCCUCAUGGCUUGUCCAUCAAACACCUGAGCCAUUUGAUUUUAUUCCGAAGGGUGUGGUGAAGCUCCACCUUGAUGCUCCUGAUGAGGGCUUCAUGGAAUUUGUCCCAAAUUUCGAUGUGAUUGUUCUUUCAUCUGGCCACUGGUUUGCGAAGCAAUCGGUCUAUAUCUUGAACAAUGAGAUUGUGGGAGGACAGUUAUGGUGGCCAGACAAGAAACGCCCAAUGAAAGUUAACAACAUUGAGGCUUUUGGAACAUCUGUUGAAACAAUUCUCAGUGCCCUUGCUACACAUCCAAAUUACACUGGUCUGACCAUCGUACGUUCUUUUUCACCUGAUCAUUAUGAGGGUGGGGCAUGGAAUACAGGAGGAUCGUGCACAGGAAAGGUAAAUCCUGCCUUAGAUGGUGAAUUAGUGGAAAAUGGAUUUACAAAUAUAAUGCACGAGAAACAGGUGGCGGGUUUUGAACGUGCAAUCAAAAAGAUGACAAACAAAUCAAAAUUGAAGUUUAUGGACAUCACAGGAGUCUUUGCAUACCGCCAUGAUGGGCAUCCAGGCCCAUAUAGGAGCACAGACCCAAACAAGAUCACCAAACGUGGGCCCAAUGGGAAGCCCCCACCACAAGAUUGCUUACACUGGUGUAUGCCAGGUCCGGUUGAUACGUGGAAUGAACUGGUGCUUGAAAUAAUUAGCAGAGAAUUUGAGGGAAACCAGAGCCUUCAUUCCUGAGUCAUUCACUGUAUGUUGCAAACUAAUCAUCAUUCUUGGAAGUUUGAUAUGUUACGGAUAGGUGUGGAAAAACUAGUAAGUUAUGGCUAGGUGAGUGUUUACCUAGUCCUAUUCUUUAAAGAUACCUUGUAGAGAGAAAUAUCAUUUGUAACACGCAGAUAGUUUGUGAAUAACAAGCUUAUUUUGUUGUUAAAUUAUAAAAAUGUAUUUGCAGACAUCUUUACUUCUAUUCCAUUUUCAGCUCCAUCAUUGUAUGUCAAUGGAAAAAAAUUGAGCCGGUUUGGAAUUACCAUUAA